AUGGCCGCUGAACAGCCAGAUAUCCAUUUCAUUGGCACUUAUACCCGCUAUUCCAGCUGGACUAGUCGGGUCGAGGCGGUCUUGGAGUAUUUCAAGAUUCCUCACACUCGCCAAUUCAUCAAGCUCUCUGAUGUGAAAACCGUUUCCCCAUCUGGAUACGUCCCCUUCCUGGAAUGCCGCUCCCUCGGUAAUACCAGAAUUUGCGACUCGCUCGCAAUCUGCGAAUUCCUCGCUGAGUCGAACCCCGAGUUGCCUCUCUGGCCUCGGGAUCGUCAAUUGAGGGCUCUCGCUCGCAGCGCCACGGCUCAGAUGCAUUCUGGCUUCUCUGCGAUCCGGAACUCGUUCUCCACGAACUUCCUUGCGCAUUAUACAGGUAAUGUCCCGAUUUCCGAGGAAGCGCACAAGGAGAUCCAGAAGAUGCUGGCUCUUUGGGAUACCGCUCGUAAGGGUACCAAGGAGCGUCUUGCGGCACUGGGUGAGGUCGAUGAAGGGUUCCUGUUUGGAGGAUUCAGCAUUGCUGAUGCUUUCUUCUGGCCGGUUCUUACGCGAUUCCGCACGUAUGACCUUCCGCUAGAUACUGCCAGCGAGGACGCUUUGGAGUGGAUGGCGAAGAUGUGGAAUGAUCCCACAUUCAAGGCCCUGACUCACCGGUACUAUGAGCAAGCUCAGGAUCCAGAGACUCGCAUUGAGCAUUAUGAUGACAUCUUCCGAGGCCGGGACGACAUUCACUACGGCCAGUUCCCUGAAGACUGGACGUUCUCUGUUCCUGGCAAAUAA